CUCCGUGAGCUCAUCCAUUAGUAUGGGCACUACGGUUUUGAAGCCUCCAGUUCGGCAUUUUGGCCGUCGCCAUCUUGGUUUUUUGCAACCAGAAGUGACACGAGAGAGUGGAGCUAAGUAGAACCGAACGUAAGACAUUUCUAGGGGACCAAAGUGUUACUAUUGACUUCUAUUAUUAACUGAAAACAAACUGUGAAAGCGUUAAAGUAAGACGAAAACAAGGACAACUCCCAGAGCUGAAAACGCCGUGGUAGCGAAGCCCUGAAGUGAUUGUUUGAUCUCUUAAUUCUGACUGAAUGAGCCCAUGCACAAAUAGUGGUCGAAGGAUAAAUUGUUGGUUUAACAGCACUGUUGCCAGCCAGUAAAAUCAUAAUUUAGAUGGAACAUGAACAUGAAACCGGUCCUGCACAGAACAAAACAAUAAUCCAUUUAUCUACAACCCUGUUUACCUGAAGAUUAUUUCUGCAUAUUUGAAUAUUUGUUAACCAAACCUCGAUCUGCAUUUUCAUCAGUGAGAGCAAUAUUUGUUAAUGUCCGUCCUGUUCCAUCAUUUUUAUGUUGAAUGAGCGGCUUAAAACCUGCAGUGUCUUGCAGAUUGUUCCCUUCCUGCUGCACACUUACUGAACUCUGACCGUCUUUAGACUAUUACUACAAGGACUCUCAAUACUUCCUGUGUCUCUCUGUCUCUCUCUCUCUUUUAGCUGGCCAAAGGGCUGAUAGUGUCGAGGCUGUGGUUGAAAGAGCGAGCAGAUUCCACUUACUCUAGCCAAGCAGAGCAGCGUCUGCCCGGGAAAUAUCCUCCGCUCUCCUGGACUGGAUGGGAAGAAGGAGAAUCUUUGACCUUGGAAAUUGAAGAUGCUGUUGCCAUGGGAACUGCUAAUCCUUCUGUCACUCAAAGAGUGCCUGGCUGAUAAUACGCGCCAUGGUCCUGUCUUCACCCAGGAGCCUAGUGACAGUAUUUUCCCCCUCAGCGCUGAUGAUAAGCAGGUGUUUAUUAAUUGCAAAGCAAAGGGAAACCCACCUCCGCAUUAUAGGUGGAUAAUGGAUGGGAGUGAAAUAAACACACAGUCAGAUCCUAACUACAGCCUUGUGGAGGGGAACCUGUUGAUCAAUAAUCCCCAUGUCAUCGAUCAUGGAGGAGUGUAUCAGUGCAUCGCCACCAACACUUUUGGGACCGUUGUCAGCAGGGAAGCGAAAUUCCAGUUUGCUUUUCUGCAGAACUUCAGCAGGAAGUCAAGGAACACGGUGUCGGUGAGAGAGGGUCAAGCCGUGGUUCUGCUCUGCGGCCCCCCACCCCAUUACGGAGAGAUCAAAUAUUCAUGGGUUUUCAACGGCCAGCGGAGCUUCCUGCAACAGGACGCCCGCCGUUUUAUCUCUCAGAGGACGGGCAACUUGUACAUAGCCAAAGUUGAAGCCUCGGAUGCGGGGAACUACACGUGUGCGGUGAGAAACAUGAUGACCAACACCACAGUGUUCAGCUCUCCAACCCCCGUGGUGGUGCGGAGAGACGCAGUGAUGGGUGAAUACGAGCCAAAGAUUGAGGUUCAGUUUCCCGACACCCUCCGAGUCUCUAAAGGAUCAUCGGUGAAGCUGGAAUGCUUCGCCUUGGGAAACCCCGUGCCUUCCAUCUCUUGGAGAAGAGCGGAUGGAAACCCACUCCCUGGCAAGAUUAAAAUCAACCACUCUAGCGGGGUUCUGGAAAUCCCAUACUUUCGCCCGGAGGACGCCGGUGUGUACGAGUGUGUGGCCGCGAACACCAGAGGACGAAAUGUUGCCAGAGGGCAACUCAUAUUCCACAAUGCUGAACAUCUGCACUGGGUCCAGACACUGAAAGAUGCUCACAUGGCCAUCGAUGCUAAUCUGCAGUGGGAAUGUAAAGCCAUGGGUAAACCGAGGCCCACAUACAAAUGGCUGAAGAACGGUCAGCCGCUAACAGCAGAGGGCAGGAUCCACGUGGAAGCGGGUCGAAUGACCAUUUCCAGGAUCAGUCUGUUGGACUCUGGGAUGUAUCAGUGCGUGGCAGAGAGUGAACACGGAGCCGUGUAUGCCAGCGCUGAGCUCAAGGUUGUAGCCUCACCGCCGGACUUCACCCGGCGGCCCGUGAAGAAGUCCACCGUGAUCCAGAGGGGGGGCGAGGUGGUCUUGGAGUGCCGCCCCCACGCCUCCCCGAGGGCAACCGUCUCCUGGUGGAGAGGGGGCGAACUCCUGAAGGACAGAGAGAGACAGACUAUCAUGGCGGAUGGGACGCUACGUAUCACCAACAUCUCCACAUCGGACGGAGGCAGGUACACGUGUUCGGCCAGAAACCAUUUUGGAACAUCCAGCAGCACCGGGACGCUGCUGGUGAAAGAGCCGACCAAGAUCGUCGUCCCACCCUUGAGUUUGGACGCCACCGUGGGACAGAGCAUUGUGCUGCCAUGCGAGGUGUCCAGUGAUUCGUCCCUGAUUCCCAUCUUCAAGUGGUUCUUCAAUGGGAAAGCCAUUGAUUUCAGCAGGCAGGAGCACUUUGAGAUGAUUGGAGGGGGAUUUGCAGGUGACCUGAUGGUGAGGAACAUUCAGCUAAAGCAUUCUGGGAAGUACGUGUGUAUGGUGCACACUGAAGUUGACACCGUCUCAGCAGCAGCAGACUUAAUUGUCAGAGGACCCCCUGGCGCCCCGGAGGGCCUGGCCGUGAGCGAUAUCACCGACACCGCUGUGCAACUGUCCUGGGGCUCCGGACCUGACAAUCACAGUCCUGUUACCAUGUACAUGGUCCAGGCCAGGACCCCCUUCUCUGUCGGCUGGCAGACUGUGAGAACAGUUCCUGAUUCUGUGCCUGGACAGAUGAUGCAUGCAACAGUGAAAGAUUUGAACCCCUGGGUGGAUUACGAAUUCAGGGUGGUGGCAAUCAACGGCGUUGGCGUGGGAGAUGCCGGUACGCCAUCGCAACAGAUUCGAACCGAAGCAGCAGUUCCCAAGGUUGCUCCGUUUAAUGUGAGCGGCGGCGGAGGAGCUCGGGGAGAACUCGUCAUCACGUGGGAGCCCAUUCCAGAGGAACAGCAGAGCGGAGAGGACUUUGGCUAUGUCGUGGCUUUCCGCCCACUUGGCAGCAGCACCUGGAUCCAGACAGUGCUGGCAUCACCGGAUGCGUCGAGAUAUAUUUACAGAAACGACAGCAUCGCACCCCUGUCCCAGUUCGAGGUGAAAGUUGGCGUCUACAACGGCAUGGGAGAGGGGCCGUUCAGCCCGGUCGACACAGUGUUUUCUGCAGAGGAAGAGCCCUCUGAGGCGCCAUCGAGAGUUUGGGCCCGCGCUGUGUCAGCCUCUGAGAUCCAAGUGUACUGGGAACCAAUUCCCAGCGGGUCUGGCAGCGGGAAGAUCAUUGCGUAUGAGGUUCUCUUUUGGGAGGAAGGAUCCGAGCAGAGUGAGGCAGAGAGAGUGAGGGUUAUCGACACCACGGCUCUGCUCUCCGGCUUGAAGGGCAGCACGGUCUAUCUGAUCUCAGUCAGAGCCCAGAACAGCGCUGGACUUGGACCCUGCAGCCCCGCUUUUAACAACACAACCAAGAAACCACCUCCGAGUCAGCCUCCAGGGAAUAUCGAGUGGAACCUGACCAACUCUAAGAUCUUUCUGAAUUGGGAACACGUCAAGGCGAUGGAAAAUGAGUCUGAGGUGACAGGAUACAAGGUCGUGUAUCGUCAGAACUGGCACAGCAGGACCACCGUACUGGAAACAAAUAAGACCAGCGUGGAGCUGCAAAUCCCCUCUGGAGAGGACUACCUCAUUGAGAUCAAAGCUCUGACGGAAGGGGGCGAUGGCACCAGCAGUGGUCCCAUCCGCAUACCAAAGAUGUCCAGUCUUAACUCAAAUGGGUGUCUGAGUCCAGUUCCCAGGAGGAUUUGCCAUUUGAUGAUGUUUUUUUGUAUUUUUAUGUUCUUUUUUUGAGCUUCUAAUGCCUUUUUAUUCAGCUCUGGACAUUAUUAUAUUUACGAUUCUCUUCUACAUGUCCGAUCUAUGGAAUAACAAGAUAACUAGCCGGUCUCUAAACCACUGGUGUGCAAACCAAAACUGGAUGAUGGGAGCGCUCUGACAGCUUGCCCACAAAUAUGUGGCUGGACUGUUACUCACAGGCAACAGCACGGUUACAAAACCAUUUUCAUCUGCCUAUUUUCAGGACCACUGCAAUCCACCAGGAUGCACGAGUAUGAUAAACAUGGAAAGAUGAAUUUCUUAUCUGUCAUUUUGAGAUGAACCUGAGCACAGGGCCGUUCGUGUCCCAGUUUUCCCAUUUCACUUUCUGUUUCCACCUACUUUGCCUCAACUUCCAAGUCAUUUCUUGACUUGCUGUGACCUUAAUGAAUGCUACGGAUCGGAAGGUACAAGUUUCACGUACUUCACAUACUAAACAUAUGCAAUUUGAAAACUAACAGUUCAGUUAAUAUGUAUUUACUUUGUCCUCAUUAUUUGGAUGUCAUGUGUUUAUCUUUCAUAUUAAGAAAAAGUUCAAUUAGAGGUGGUGGAGUCAAAAUUACGGCACAUAACUAAAGGAAUAAUUUGACAUUUAUAGAAAUCCCUUCACUUUAAGUGUACGCUAUAUUUAGAAUAUAUUCAUCACUUUAUCUGUCGUCACACAUCCCUUUUGAUGGGGAACUGUGUUAUCUAAGCUCUCUUCAAAGCCACCAGACUCAAUUGACAAAAAACAGUAAUUUUACCUCACAAAAGUCAAAAUUUGUAGGUCUACCUCCGGCUCGAUUAGUUUGUUUGUGUUAUUGUGUGACUUCGGUGGAACUGAUCUAACCCUUUUAAAACACCAAAGUCACACAAUAACACAUACAAACUAACCGAUCGAGGCAGCGAUGGGCCUGCAACUCCUGUGUGCUGGACGGUAAAAUUGCUCUUUUUGUCAAAGUAGUCUGGUGGCACAGAGGGCAUAGAUAACGGCCUCAGCUCCCUGACAGAAAGUGCAAUCUGAGGGCAAGGUGAUGCAGAGUGGAGAUACAGAAGUGGUACAAGAUGUAUAAUUAUCCACAAGAAAUGGUGCAUGCGCUCAAUGCUCUGUGCAUGUUGGUAAGAAGAGCCUUAAGCUAGCCAACUAACAACCAACAACGGUCCAUCCUUCGGUGUAUCUCAUGUAUCUCAUAAUUAUCUGUGUGCAAUUAUUUUUGUAAAUUAUUUCUACCAGUUUCUUACCGGUCACCACAGCUGUCACAGAGUCCUUCAUAACACAUUCUUAAUCUACACUUUAAUCUCUGCCUCGGUUCAUUUUGGGACAGGCGUCUCGAGUGUUGAUUUUAUGCGAGGACACACUGGCUAAUCCCACGCUGCUUUUUGAGCAUGUUUCAAGAAACACUUGGAGUUGCGGCUUAAAUGGAUCGUAUAUUGGAAACAGAUGCAAACCCAGAUAAGAUGAAUUCUUUACAGAGCUGCUUUGCCUUAUCAAGUUUAUAUUCUUCAAAUUGUUCACAGAUUGUUAUUGUUUGAGCAAAAGGCCAGGCUUAUCAAGCAUAGAUAUGUUAUUUACUGUGCUGUUUUAUUUGUGAAAUUGUAUUUUGUGUAACUUAGUGGGGAGCAAAGGAGUAAAAAGGGAAAAACUAAAAACAGCUACCAUAUAAAUGUAUCACACCCCCAAACCUGAAAGAGAAGUAUAAAAGUGUUUUCCCGAACAUGCUAACGUUAGCAUCCACCAAAACCAAGUGAAUACAUUCAGAAUACUGACAAGUGAAACUGCAUCUCACCUAGUUGCAACAUCAGCAGGACAUCUUUGGAAGUCAUUAUGUUGCAUUUUCUGAUAUGAUGAAGAACGUAAUAUGCAUUACAACAGUACUACAUUUGAUCCACGGUGUAUUUCCCUGAUGCAGAAGAGGACGAUCAUUUGUAGGAGACAAGCUUUCAAUUAGUUGUCACCUUCAUACAACACGCAACUGAUUGAUGAAAGGAAUGAGAGAGAAGGUGUUGUUUGUGUUGUGAUGAAAUGUAAAGACGUGCUACUGUAAUAUUUUAGAUUUCAGAUAUGGUUUGCUUCGUGCAGAUUUCAUUUUAAUUGCCUUUUUAUGAUGUUGUAACAGCCUGGUCUCAUCCCCAAGGCUUCAAAUACCGACGCUUGGCCAGUGGCCCUCUGUGUCUCGAUAGUGACACACAAGGCCCCCGUAAGCGUCUGUAUGAGACGCAUUGGGCUUUCACCUAAUGCAGUGUAAACCCAUCCACAGAGCAACGGGUGUAGUUUGAAGAGCGAGAAAGUACGCUAAGUGUGGGAGGGAGGGAGGUGGAUGGGUCAAACAAGUUAUUUUUACUGAACAACUUCAUGUCAUGUGACUUUAUGUCUGUAGCUUAAGUUAUGUAACAAGACAAACUUAUUUUAACCUAAACCCUCUCUUUUCUAACCCUAACCAAGUGCUUUUGUUGCCUUAACCUAUCUGCGACCGUUUAACAACGUUACCUAAAUGUUACACUGUUUCACAAUGUCAACCAUGUUUUGUAAAGUUGUACUUAAACCACAACAUUAACCAUGUAUUACAAUGUUAACCGUAGACUGUUUUACAAAAAGUUAAUCACUUGUUGCAAUGUUAACCGAAACCAUUUCACAAUGUAGACCAUGCGUUACAACGGU